CCGAGCCUAAAGGAUCACUGUGGCCUUAGAUUAAAAAUAUAAAUUCGCUUUUUGUCCUCCAGAGGGCGGGAAACGCAAUGAAAUGAAUACAUGGUAUUACAUGCCAGUAGGCUGACGGCGUGUGAAAUGGCGUCCCGAUGGCAAAUUAAUCGCUUCACCGCUUUUAAGAAAUGCCGCCUAGGGUUGUUUUGUCAACCGUUGAGGAUUCUACUACUUUAUCGGCGCAUACUACAGUAGGGCCGUCGUCUUUUUAACUUUGCUGAUGUUCAACAGAUGACAGUUGUUGAGAAUGUGCGUGGCUAACGGGAGCUAAGCUAAACCAACUGUUAUUAACUCGCUCAACGUUGCUUUGCGCUAGCCGGCUCACGUGACUCUGGGCUUAGACAAUGGGAGAUGUAGUUUUUAAGCAUUUCAUCUCAAGCUGUUUACAAGUGAGAGAGUGAGGCUAUGCAAUGCAUUUCCCACAAUGCACCGUCUUGUUGUUGUGAGGCGACGCCAUCUUAACUCCUCCUCAUGAAUAUACAUCAGAAGGCAUUUGCGUAGGAGGUCGGCUGACGUUCAUUGCAUAUUCGAGCAGUGUAUUUUGGUCCAAGCGGGACGCGCAGUCACGUCUCCGCCCUGAUAUGUCCCUGCGCGGAUUGCCUCUUUAUUCCCAGCGACUUUUAUCGGUAAAAUGUUCCCUCGGAGCUACGGAGGAGAAGACGAUAGGGGAAAGGAAAGGCGAGGAGUGAAUGUCGACUAGUGGAACAAGUGACCGACGCCGCCCGUUUGGCGGGUAUACACCACGAGAUGGAGAGUGUGCAUGCUGCAGCUGACGAUGGAGGCAAGUUAACGAAGAAGCCCAGCGGAGUGUCCACCGGCCGGCGGACUCCAGCAGCGACCGGCGGGCAUUUAGCUCCCUCCUUGGCAGACGCAAAAAACGGCAACGGUGUUCCCCAGGCGGGCCGCGUCGUGGCGUUGAACGGCCGAGGAUUAUCGGGUAACUCCGGCUCCCUGCUGAGACGCAGGCGCUUGAAGCGGAACCUCAGCGCCGCCGCCACCGCGUCCGGCGCCGCCGCCGCCUCCUCGGCUGUCACGGCAGCCUGCGGUGGUGCCAAGAUGAGCACGGCCCUCUCCUCUGUUUCUCUGCAUACCCGGAGUCUGGACCGCAAGACCCUGCUCAAGCACAGGACGAACAUGCAGCUGCAGCCCGCCGACCGCGAGUGGGUGCGAACCGACCUCCACCGAGGCGCCAUACACGUCUACGAUAGAUUGACGUCUUCGUCUCCCAGGCCGGUCCUCUGCACCGCGGACACGACGGCCGGCGAGGUCGCGAGCCGCCUCAGUAAACUCUGCGGCAAGUCCAGCUCUGUCAUGCGUAUUUUUAGCAAAGACAACCCCAAGAUGGACCAAAAUGGCAACUGCAGCGUCAAGUACGAGUACAACUAUAAUCUGUGCAAGGUCACCGAAGACUCCUGCAUCAAAUAUGAUCCCUUAUCUAGCCUGGAACCCACAGAUUUAGGAGGUCAUCCAGGUGACAAAAUGAGACUGCUAUUAAUGACAAAUGCGGAUGAGAGGCAACAGGAUGGAAAACUUUUCAGCCCUGAAUCGGAGUCCCAAGACAACAUCACCUGCUCACUGUCAGACUUGAACUUGAACUCCAACGUGGAUACCCCUAAUGAUGAUGACUCGGAGCAUAGGAACGGCACAGACAGCUAUGGCCUGAACUCCGGCUCGGAUGUGGAGAGCAGCGCUUUUGACGACCUGAGCUCUGGGGCCCGGCUCAGCGAGCACAGGGACUCUCUCAGCGACGACAUGAUUCUGGGCACGGAUGCGUCCAUCCUCAGCCCAUCAUUCGACAGCGCCACAGAGGGCCACGACAUGUACGGCAGCUCUUCAGAUGAGCUAGAGCUUGACUGCCCCGCAUCUGGCGCCAACCUGGAUCCCCUCUCAAAUUGUGUUGUCUACAAGCAGUGUGGCGUACCCAAUGGCCUGCCUGCGAGCAGUAGUGCCGGCUCCUUGUCCAGAGACAGCUCCACAGGUAACACACCUGACAUCCAAGACCAAGAUCGCAGUGUUGGCAAAUCAGAGCUGACCUCUGGUCGCAAUGGAGACUCUUCAGAGGAGUCCAGCCCUACGCUGUAUGUUCAGCUGCACGGCGAAGCAGUCAGGAGGCUUAGCCCAGAUGAGAGGCCCCUGCAGAUCCAGAAUGACUUUCUCUAUAAGCUUGGAUUUAAGGACCCUUGGAGAGUUCAAGAGGAAGGGCUUAACACAGAAAUGGGCUCCUUGCUCCGGUUCUAUGCAGGGAAACCCCAAAACAUUGAGAGCUCCGAGCGGGUACAGCUGUCGGGGACAUACAACGUCCGCAAAGGGAAGCUGCAGCUACCAGUCAACCGCUGGACUAGGCGGCAGGUCAUCCUCUGUGGCACCUGCCUCAUUGUCUCCUCUGUCAAGGAGAGUCAGACGGGAAAGAUGCACAUCCUGCCGCUCAUUGGAGGGAAAGUAGAGGAAGUAAAGAAGCACAAUCACUGUUUGGCCUUCAGUUCAGCUGGGCCCCAGAGUCAGACAUACUAUGUCAGCUUCGACAGCUUCACGGAGCACCUCCGCUGGCACAGACAUGCUGCCAAGAUGGUUUCACAGAGGAUCAACUCGGUGGAUUUGUCUUGCUGCAGCUUGGAGCAACUUCCCCCAAACCUCUUCUACAGCCACGACCUCACCCAUCUUAACCUCAAACACAACUUUCUGCCUGCAGACCAGGGAUUGCAGCAGUUGCAGAGGUUCUCUCGUCUACGGAGCCUCAACCUGUCCAACAACCACCUUGGCCAGUUUCCCCUGCCUAUCUGUGACAUCCCUACAUUGACCGAGGUCAACCUUAGCUGCAAUUAUCUGCCCUCCGUUCCCAGCUCUGUGGGAUCCAUGACCAAUCUGCAAACGUUUUUGCUGGAUGGCAACAGCCUGAGUGAGCUGCCCGAUGAGCUGGGCUCCCUCCAGAGGCUGUCAUACUUCGGUCUCUCCUUCAACCAGUUCAGCCAUGUGCCACAGGUGCUGGAACGACUGGCCUCAAUGGAGAAACUUUGCAUGGCCGGCAACAACCUGGAGACACUCACCUUGCAGAACUUCCGGCUUCUCCGUGUCAAACACGUCGAUCUCAGGCUGAAUAAGAUCUCCAACAUGGUUCCGGACGAACCUGACCUGCUAAGACAUGUCACCCAAUUGGACGUCAGGGACAACCGACUGACACAGCUGGACGCUUCUGUGUUUCCCCGCCUGGAGGUGCUUCACUGUGAAAGAAACCGAAUUACCAGCCUCAAGGUCAAGGGCUGCCUACUCAAGGGCAUCUACGCCUCCAACAAUGAGCUGCAGAGUCUGGAUGUCAGUCCUGUACCCUCCAAUCUUAGUUACAUGGACAUCUCACGGAACCGUAUGGAGGCCUUGCCAGACUGGGUGUGUGAAGCGAAGAAACUGGAAGUGCUGGAUGUCAGCCACAACCUCAUCAGCGAGCUCCCAGCGCGGUUGUUAUGCAGCAGCAGUCUGAGGAAGCUGAGUGCUGGACACAACCAGUUGCAAAAGCUGCCUGAAAGAGUGGAGCGUCCCCUGCUGGAAGUUCUCGACGUGCACCACAAUCAACUGCUGGAGCUGCCUUGCAACCUGUUCCUCAAAUGUGUCAGCUUACGAUCCGUGAAUGCUUCAGCCAAUAAGCUUGAACACUUGCCUCCCUCCACGCUGUCUGAGGAGAGCCACAGCAUCCUGCAGGAAUUUUACCUAACCAACAACCAACUGACUGACAAAUGUGUGCCCAUGUUGACGGGCCACUCGCACCUUCGGGUUCUGCACAUGGCCUACAACAACCUCCAGACCUUCCCAGCCAGCAAAAUGGCCAAACUGGAAGAACUGGAGGAGGUGGACCUUAGUGGCAACACUCUAAAAACUGUGCCCACCACCAUCAUGAACUGCCGGCGUAUGCACACUCUCAUCGCCCACUCCAACUCCAUUGAGGUCUUCCCCGAGGUCAUGCAGCUAAUGGAAAUGAAAUGUGUGGAUCUGAGCUGCAACGAGCUGAGUGAAAUCACGCUUCCAGAGAAUCUGCCACCCAAGCUUCAGGAACUGGAUUUGACUGGAAACCCACGUCUCAACCUGGACCAUAAGACCCUCGAGCAACUCAAUAAUAUUCGCUGCUUUCGUAUUGAUCCACCGCCGACCUUCUCAUCGAACGAGGCACCUGGCGGUCCCGCCGUGUGGAGUCAUGGUUACACGGAGGCCUCGGGCGUCAAAAACAAACUCUGCGUGGCGGCACUCUCAGUGAACAGAUUCUGCGGGAGUCGUGAGGCUCUGUAUGGGGUGUUCGAUGGCGACAGGAACGUGGAGGUCCCCUACCUUUUACAGUGUACUAUGAAUGAUGUGCUGGCGGAGGAGGUGCACAAGAACAAGAGUGAAGAGGACUACAUGACCAACACCUUUCUUGUCAUGCAAAGGAAGCUGGGAACUGCCGGUCAGAAGCUGGGCGGCUCGGCGGCUCUGUGUCACAUCCGCCACGAUCCUACUGACCCCAGCGGCUGCUUCGUUCUGACGGCUGCCAAUGUGGGCAAGUGUCAGGCCAUCCUGUGCCGCAACGGGAAGCCUCUCGCCCUGUCCAUGCUCCACAAUGUUGGCCUCGAGGAGGAAUACCACCGCAUCAGGCAGCAUCGAGCUAUUGUCACAGAGGACAACAAGGUCAACGGUGUGACAGAUUCAACGCGCAUCAUGGGCUACUCCUUCCUGUAUCCUUCCGUCAUCCCAUCUCCCUACGUGCAGACGGUCACGCUCACAUCGCAGGACGAAUUUUUCAUUUUGGGCAGCCGCGGAUUAUGGGAUGCAGUUUCCCCCGGCGAAGCGGUGGAGGCGGUGCGCAACGUGCCGGACGGCCUGGCCGCUGCCAAAAAGCUAUGCACGCUGGCGCAGGGCUAUGGCUGCACCGACAGCAUCAGCGCUGUGGUGGUCCAGCUCAGCGUGACAGAAGACUGCUGCCCCUGUUGCUGCUCAGAGCCCCCCCGGCCACCCCCCAGUCCCGGUCUGGGCCCUUACCCACCAUCCUCCUCCAAGGAGCGUCCCUCGGACGGCUCUCUGCCCGUGCCGCCGUCGUCCUGCAGCGAGAUGAGCAGCGAGAUCAGCACCAGCGAGAUGAGCAGCGAGGUGGGCUCCACGGCUUCGUCCGAUGAGCCACCGCAGAGUUCCCUGAUGCUCCUGCAGGAACAGGGCCACCACCCUCAUCUGCACCAGCACCACCAGGCCCACCCCGUGACACUGCAGCACCAGCAGGCCCAUGCCGUUGCCCAGCCCUGCCAGUUGCUGUUCACCGGUCCUGAGCUGCCUCCAAUCCGCGGCUGCCGCACCCUUCACCCCGCCUGUCUGGCGAGCUCCUUCCAGCGGCAGCUGUCGAGCGCCACCUUCUCCAGCGCCCUAUCAGACAACGGGCUGGACAGCGAGGAUGAAGAGCCCAUCGCCGGUGUUUUCUCUAACGGCAGCCGUGUAGAAGUCGAAGCGGACGUUCACUGCCUCAAAACAGAGUCCUCCUCAGGCCAGGAGCACGGCCUCCUUACUCUCCCGCCGCCUCCUCCUCCGCCACCGCCGUGCACCCCCGAACCUCCGGAUGAAAGCGUGGACAUGAGCCUAGCUGUGGCAGAGAACGGGUCGGAUGAGGCGUGGCAAAGCGGCGGCGACGGAACAAAGGCGGCGUUUGGAAAGAGGAGAGUCAACGGUUCAGUAGCACGCCAGGAGAAGAGUCACAACCUCAUCGAGGUGGCUGCUGAUGCCCCCUCUAAGAAAUCUGGUGGUUAUUUCACCGCCCCGGCGCAGCCCGACCCGGACGACCAGUUCAUCAUUCCCCCUGAGCUGGAGGAGGAGGUGAAGGAAAUCAUGAAGCAGCAUCAGCAGAAGCAGCAGAAGCCACCUGGGACAGAGCAGCCUGCGGAUUACUUUGACACCCCGCUCUAGGAUACCUGUUUCAGCGUCAUCUCAGCAUGCACUCGAAUAUCCUGCCACCAUCACCAUGACUACAAGCACCCACUGAUGACUCCAUACUUAUUUUCCAAUCUGCCUUUCUCUUCCUGUGCAAUUUUUUUCUUCUCAGCAGAUCCCCACUAGAAAAAAAAACAUGCAGAUGAGCCCUUUAAGAAACUGGAUUGUCGUGAACAUCCUCUUGUGUUUGCACAAGCAAUGGAACAUUGUUUUUUCCCCUUCUCUUUUUUAAAGAACCGCCAGUUAGCAGUACUAGUUCUUUUAAUCACACGGGUUAAUAUGCAUUCCUCACUUUGCUUGAACUUGUUUGAACUCACCAUAUCAUUUCACUGAAAAGCAGACGGAACCUUUUUUUUUAGAGUGACAUCAUCUUUUACCCUCUUCUUUGUGGAAUGGUACACCGGUAAUGCCACACGUAACGGUUGUAGAUAGGGCACUUAAGAUACUGUAUUUCUUCAGUAAAUCCUGGCUAUCAGCCUGUAAAAUGGCAUAGACCUUUUAUUUUAUUUUUUUGUAGAAACUAUGAAUACUAACUCCUAGGAGUUGCAUACUCUAUAUGGUGACUCAGUCACUUUUACUAAUCUUCUCUGAGAGAAAUGGUGAUUUGUGUUUUCCUUUUUCCAAUGAUUGUAAAUAAGAGAAAUGUUGUAUACAGAUACUUUUAAAGGAUCAAUGUCGGUGAAGGUUUUAGUGGAGGAUGUGUGGGCGUUUGCUGUUAUGGAGGUUGACCAUGCCCCCCCCUUUUUUUCCUGUUUUUUUUUUUUUUAAAUAUAACUUUAGACACACUUGAAAACAACAACACACAUAUGUGCAAUCGCAGUUCAAAACAUGCCAGGCAGCAACAACAACAGCAACACACUUUUCCCCCUCUUUGUUUGAUUUUGAUGUUCUGUAGUCAACACUGUAUCUAAUAAACACUAAUAGACUGAUAUUUUUUUUAUUUUUUUUUUUU